AUGUCGUCCCCCCAGCAGCGUUUAUCCUCGGUCGGCAACCAAUUGGCUCUGCCUUCGGCCAAGCAGCGCCUUCUCGCAAAGAACCCCGACGAUGUCGUCAUCACUUACCUUGCGCGUACACCGCUCACCAAGGCCCGCAAAGGUGGCUUGAAGGACACCAGCAUCGACACCCUCCUUGUCUCGUUGCUCACCACCGUUCGCGAAAACUCCAAGAUCGACCCCAACCUCGUCGAAGAUGUCAGCGUCGGUAACUGCCUCGCCCCAGGCGCCGCCUAUGUCGCGCGCUCCGCCGUCCUGGCCGCCGGAUUCCCUGUCACAACAGCCGCCUCAGUCUGCAACCGUUUCUGUUCCUCCGGUCUCCUCUCCAUCCAAAACAUUGCCAACCAGAUCAUCGCCGGCUCAAUCGAUGUCGGAAUUGCUGUCGGAGCCGAGAGCAUGAGCACAAACGCCGACGGCGGUGCCCCCGAGAUGACCGAGCUUAUCACCAAGCACCCCAUCGCAUCCCAGAACUCCCAGCCCAUGGGCCAGACAUCCGAGAACGUCGCGGCGCAAUUCAACAUCUCGCGCGAGCAGCACGAUAAGUUCGCUGCGGCUAGUUACCAGAAAGCCGAGCGUGCGCAGAAGGCUGGCUGGUUUGAGGAUGAGAUCGUGCCUGUCAAGACUCAGAUCAAGGACCCCAAGACUGGCGAGGUGAAGGAUGUUAUUGUUGACCGGGAUGAUGGCAUUCGGUACGGUACUACUGCUGAGGGACUGGGCAAGAUUCGCUCUGCGUUCCCCCAGUGGACUCCUAGCGCUACUACAGGUGGUAAUGCUAGUCAGAUCACUGAUGGUGCUGCUGCUUUGGUUUUGAUGAAGCGGUCCCGCGCUCUGGAGCUUGGCCAGCCUAUUGUUGCUAAGUUCUGUGGUGCUACUGUUACUGGACUUGAGCCUAGAAUUAUGGGUAUUGGGCCAUCUCUUGCUAUUCCUAAGAUUCUGGGCAAAUUCAACUUGUCUAAGGAUGAUGUUGAUAUCUUCGAGAUCAACGAGGCCUUUGCUUCUAUGGGUGUCUACUGUGUUGGCAAGUUGGGUCUCGAUGAGGCCAAGGUCAACCCGCGUGGUGGUGCUAUUGCCUUUGGUCACCCUCUCGGCGCGACAGGUGCCCGCCAGGUUGUUACAGCGCUGUCGGAGCUGCGUCGCCAAGACAAGCGCAUCGCUGUGACUUCGAUGUGUGUGGGAACUGGUAUGGGUAUGGCCGGUAUCUUUGUUUCGGAGCAUUAG